CACUUCGAUCCUCUAUAUACGCCGAUCAUACUGUCGCAAUACCGCUCCCCAGGUAGAUAUCCAAAGCCGACUUAAUGUUUUAUGCGCUCCUGGAAUAUCGCCUCUACAAGCUUCGUUUUCGAUUUUCGAAUAUCUGUCAAAUACCUUUGAUUUGAAUUGCGGACUGCGCCUUGCUCGGCAUUCGGUUACCAUCUGAAUUCGUCCUAGUCGCCUGGUUUCCAGGCGGAUCGGGAAAUCCAACAAUACAUACGACCUUGUUUCGAGGUCAAUUACCCUUCACCAAACACCUGUUUUGAUCACAAUCUUGAUAAUAAUCGCCUUACCAUGUCCAACCGGCCCAAUUUUAUCGACCUAAGGGCCAAUUCCUCAGCCUCGGUUAACAGCAGUGCUUCUCGUCCCUUAAGGUCACCACGAUUACAUGUUGCUGGCGAGGUUCCUCCCGCCCUAUCUCCUCUCGAUGCCUUCGCCGCUCAGAGUCGCUUGCUCGCCAAGCAGCUCGAGGAUAGCGCCAAAACCGGGAGACGGAUGAGCCGUUUACCCCCACUGACAACUGACAGCCCAUUGAUUGUCCAAGGUCGUUCCGAAUACUUUCGCUCUAUGUCGUACGACUCCUCCGAGGAACAACCUCCAGAGACUCCACAGCAAAAUACCGGGCUUGGAUUGACUACCGAGAUUGAAUCGCCAUCUGAGCGCCCUGUUUCGAUGCACCCUCGAAUGAGUCGCAUACCUCCCACACCGGACCAAUCGAUCCCAGUUCCCCCAAACCCGUUUCUCGAGAAUGCACGUGGUCGAAACCUUGAGAAGCUUCAGGAGGACGAGGGGAUGUAUGGUGCGCGCCGAGAGGAAUCGCCCGGCGACUUGGAAAGUGUAGCGGAUAAGACAGCAGACCAUAAGCUGGCAGAUGAUAACAUCGAACCCAGAGAGCUUUCGCCCACGAGCACACGCUUUCCGUCCUCGCCAGAGAAGCUCACUAAGACGAUAUCGCAUGAAUCAGCUGGGUUGGUUCCGCCACGGCCUAUCUUUCCGAAGCGUUCUUCGAGUAUAAUGUCGGCGCCCUUGGAUGCCAAUAAUGACGAUACCUUAAGUGCUUCUUUUCACUCACAGCCAGCACGAAAGCUUUCAUCGGGCAGUAGUUUCUCGGGGCCAGGUCUUGCAUCACCAAUUGCCCAUUACCAACGAUCUCCCUCAAUCAGUUCUGAAGCUUCUGCGCCCCUGCCACGUCCUGCUUUCAACUUCUCUCGACCGCUUAGCCGGACUGGUACACCAGGUCUAGACCCACCGACUCGACAAGCUUCGUCGGACAGCCAGCCAUCCUUUGUGCUUGCCGACGAGACUGCACACACACCAGUCAGCAUGCACAGUGAGGCUUUCUUAGAGAGCAGUUUCACAGAGGAUGGGAAAGGUGCACCUUCGUAUAUUUACUCUAAAUACGCAUUGCCGAGAGGUAAGUCGUUACAGCGCAAUUCGGUUAUUUUCCGCGACCCUGAGCCAUCAAGGGCUGGUCAAGCACCGCCGUCGCCUCCUACCAGGCCUUCAAGUUCCUCGUCGAGAAUGCAAGAAGGUCAACACGGAGCCGAUUCUCUUCUAGGACGUCCAUCCGUGGAACGAAGUAAACUUUCGAAUCAAAUGUCUCUAGAAGAGAGACAACCGUCACCUGAUCCUAGUCGCCCGUCAACUGACACGACUAGGCCAUCGGAGGACGCGCCUAGAGGGCGCACGCUUACAUCCCCACUCCACGAACAAGCUCGAGGGCGAACGUCAAUGUCAGUAUCUACAAGCGACUCAGCCAGCACCAUUAAGCCGCCGAAAUCGCAGCAUUCUAAUGCGCCUACGGCGUCUGAAAUGAGUGCGGAAGAGCAUUUGGCGAAGGGCAUCAAGUGUCAUGAGGAAGGUUCCGUCAAAGAAUCGACCUACCACCUGCGACUUGCUGCGCGUGCCGGCGAUCCAACGGGUAUGCUAUUGUAUGCGUUAGCUUGCAGGCACGGGUGGGGCAUGCGACCGAACCAACGAGAAGGCGUUGAGUGGUUACGGAAAGCUGCUGACGUUGUUAGCGCUGAAAUUGCGGAAGAUGAGGAUCAAGCCAAGGAGGGUAAAACAGUAGAUUUUAUGGAUCACAAAACCCGUAAGGCCCAAUUCGCCCUGAGCAUUUAUGAGUUAGGUGUCAGCCAUAUGAAUGGUUGGGGUAUCGAGCAAGACAAAGCACUUGCAUUGCGAUGUUUCGAGAUUGCCGGCAGUUGGGGCGAUGUUGAUGCCCUCGCCGAAGCUGGCUUCUGCUAUGCCAAAGGUGUGGGUUGUAAAAAGGACCUUAAGAAGAGUGCCAAGUUUUACCGCAUGGCUGAGGCUAAGGGCAUGAGCAUGCCGGGAAACAGCUGGAUACACAAGUCGAAAUACAACGAUGAUGCUGGCAGCCCGAAGUCGAAACGCGGCCGCAGCAAGUCGAGAAGUAGAGCGAUAUUCCAUAAAAAGACAUAAGGAAAGGAAAAGGGAGUAAACCCGGAGGCAGGCUACACAAUUAUGGUUCGAGUCGGUUUUUUUUUUUUAACUUGCCCGGCGUUUGGUGGCAGCAUAUAUCCAACAAAAGCAGCAAAAUACUAU